AAGAUAUCAGCUGGCAAUUGUUCUUGGACACUAGAAUAUGCGUUCUCUGAGCUUACCAAAGAGAUUAUUGUUGUUGUUUGCGGCAGUGUUUGUUUAGUUCGUGAGCGGUAGAGUUGAAAGUCAUUGAACCGCUUGAAGAUUGCACAGUAGUGUUGUCAGCUGAUUGUGGUGUUGCGUUAAAAUGGUCUUGGAAACUGAACCUCCUUUGCCGCCUGAUAAGUUACCAAAAUGUUGGAAUGACAAUGUGAGAAUUACUGCUUUGUACUCAAGUAUUCGCCCUAAAGAUGUCAAUCCGUUGGAUCGGAUAGAUAAAAUUUCAUUUUGGAAACCUGUUGUUGAUACUUGGUGUUCCCAUCAGCAUCGUCACACGUUUACACUGGACGAAUUGAACAGAGCAUUUCUCAGAAACGGCAUAAGCCCAGCCUGUUUUGAUGCGGUAAUAGAAGAGAUGAUGAGGCACAAACAACUAAUGUUAUACACAGAUUUCACAUAUGUUCCAAGUGAUUCGUGGACAAUGUGGGCUGCUGAUGUACUUCUAAAGAGGCCUUUGGAAAAGACAUUGAAAGCUGUUAAAGAGUCUGUGUGGCCUUCUUUCUUUAAGGAGGAAGUUUAUGUUCAUGUUGCCUCAACAAAGGCCUAUGCCGAAUUUGUGUGGUCAUCUAUAACAGAUAGUCAGAAAGGAAUGUUACUGGAGUUGAAAGAAGUUGCUUGCAUUUGUCAAUUUACUGGGCAUUUGAAGGAUUUGGAAGUAGCAAUUCAUUGGCUACGCCAGCAGGGCAAAGUUGCUGUGACAUUUUCUCGGAAAAAUGGUGAAAUGUUGGUAAAAUUUGGUGGUACACUGGAAAAGAAAGUGACUGUGACUGAAAUGGACAUGAGUGUGUAUUCUUUGAAGUACAGUGAAAAGGUGCUUAUGAAUUUACUUGAGGAUCUUGAGAAAGAAAAAAAAUUGGCCAUUGUACAGGCUCGAACUUAUGUGCAGAAGGACAUGAAGCACAUGGCAAAAAUGUGUUUGAGAAAGAAGCAUCAACUGGAGACAUCCAUAACGAAAAACUCUGCAAUUCUUGACAAUGUCCAGCAAUUAUUAUCACGUAUAAGAGAAGCUGAAUCCGAUAGCAAGGUGUUGGAGUCAUACAAGAUAGGAUUGACUGCUUUGAAAAUGAGAUUCAAGGAAUCUGGUCUAUCAGAAGACAAUGUGGCGGACACAAUGUCUGAGAUUGAAGAGAUGCUGGAUGUCCAGAAAGAAGUUGAAGCGGUGCUGGGACAAACUGUUGAUGGUGGUGCUGAAUCAGAAGAUGAAUUGGAAGCUGAACUUGCUCAGCUGCUGCAGUUAGACCAGUCAGGGUCAGAGCAGGCAUCUCCUCCGCAUGUCACAAAGGGGAACCUGAGUCUUUCAUUUGAACCAGAAAUCAGUGAUGAUGAAGAUAUUGAAUCUAAAGACCACGAAAAACUGGAGUCAAGAUUGAAGAACUUGACAUUGUCUGGUGGCCUUUCAUCCAGUAUUUCAAGUACACCACAUAAGCCUCGCCAAAGGUUAAGUGAACCAGCUCAUUAAGAAUGAUGUUGGUGCCUUUUUGUUUUAUUUAGAAGAACAAUCUAUUUUUUUCGAAAACAAAACAGUUUUAUAUAAAUCAAUGUAUAAUUUGGGUUUCUUUGUCUGCUUGUAACUAUUUUUUAACAUUUGAUACAGCAGUUCCUAAUUGUGAUGAUGCAUUGGUUUAUAUUUCAUGUAAAUAACUUAUUUGUGAAUUUUGUUUAUUUAUAAUAAUGGCAUAUGAUUUUAUGUUAAGCUAAUAAAGCAUUCAUAUUUUU